CUUGCAUGGAGUCACGGGCGCCUGACGAAAAGCAUCCGGGGCCGCUCGGAGAUGCGCCCUUCGGCGGCCACCGCUUUGCCCUUCCCAAAAGGAGGGGGCGCCCGCUGAAGACGGGGCGGGCUCUGAGGCCGCCUUGCCUGAGCUGAAGCCGCUCGCCGGACGGCGCCCCCGAGCCUUCACCAGCCCGCGCGGGAGAGGAAGGGCCAGCCGGCUGAGCGGGCCGGUCUCUCUCUCUCUCUCGGUGGGCAGGACGCCGCUUCCCUGGGCCGCUGGCAACCGCCCCGGAGGCCGUCCCAGCGGAAGGACGGGCUCCCGCCCUGCUAAUCCCGCUGAAAGGGGCUCUGGGGCGGUGUCGCCCCGCCUGUCCCGCUCGCUUCCCGCCCCCCGGCUGGCCCCGAAAGGAGCGCCCCUUUCCACUCGCGCCGGGCGGUCGGCCAGCUCGGCUCCGCUCCUCAGCUCCGGCCGGACGCUCCCGCGGGCCCUGCCUGCCUCCCCCGCGAUGAGGAGCCGGCGGCCGCAGCCUUGAAGGCAACAGGUACCACAGAGGCAUCUGCCAUGGAAGCAGACAGCGAAGGGGAAAUGGAACUCCUGAGUAGCAGCAUUGCAGCCUAUGUGCACAUCCGAGAUAACCUGGAGAGCGUGGGCCUCUACUUCGUGCUGGGGGUCUGCUUCGGUCUGGUGCUGACACUCUGCCUGCUGGUCAUUCACAUAUCCUGGCACCCUCAAGCCAUUCCCCCCAAGCGCCAGAAGAGCCCGCAGGACUUGAGCGAGGAGGAGGACGAGGACGAGGAGGAGGAGGAGGAGGAGGAAGAUACAACCGACCAUGUACUUUCCGUCCCCCCCUUAGCCAUGACAGAGCUGCCCCUGGUAUCCCCCAGCCCCCCAGACGGAACCCUCACAAUCAACGUCUUUGCAUCGGCGGAGGAACUGGAACGGGCCCAGCGCCUGGAGGAGCGUGAGAGGAUCCUCAGAGAAAUUUGGCGCAAUGGCCAACCGGACAUUCUGGGAACCGGGACUGGCACCAUUGGGAGAGUCCACUACUAUUGACCAACCUCUUCCUUCAUGCCUAAGUGUAGUGUGCAACUGUCCUUGAGGCACUGCGGCAGUCACAGACCUUGAACUAAGAGGGAUAAUGGCGGGUGGGAGGGGAGGGGUCUUCCCCAGUGUGAGUGACCCUGACUGGGAGCACCAGGCACAGCCAGUGGGAGUCUAAGGGUCAAUUGGGAUGGAGGACUAUGGCAGGGACUCCAAGAGGACCACUCCCAGGUACCGGCUCUGACCCGUGGGGGGGAGGGGGAGGAAAGGAGUCCCUCAUGGGCUCUGGAAAGGUCUUACAGCACCCCCUGAUGGGUCUGGGAGGGAGGGGCUCCAGGGACUUUGGGCCUGCUCGGUGGAAGGAUACAAGACCUUUGCCUCCAACUGCUGAAGAAGCUGCAUUCAGCAUGAAUGACCCAGCCCAACCUUUGCUGAGCUGCUUGCCCAGGGAUGUGCUCUGCAACCUCCCCGAGAGAGACCCCAGCUGGUGGGCAGGCUCUUCUCCCAACUUGUCCUAGGAAAACCCCUCCCCCCCCCCCACACACAGUGCCUUACCUGAAGUACUGUAUCUUAUCUCAGGCUACCUUCCUACAACAUGGCGACUCUCCUUGGACUUCCUCUGCAGUGGAAUUCCUUGUUUUUUAAAGAGGGGUUGGGGGGGGGAGAGAAUAGGGACGUCUGCAGAGUCUGCCAGGGGCGUCUCACGGGCUGAAGAGGGGCUGGCAGAGACGGGCUGCAGGGGGCCCCAUGCGCAGGCGCUGUGUUAGGCUAGCUCCUCCCUGCAUAGAGGGGUUGAUUGGUAGCAAAUACUCCAUUUAGUAAAAUGUAAAACUUUGCCUUAUCUUUUAUAAAACAGAAUUA